AAUUGAAUAUCUACUGAUCAUUGCUUCAUAGUCCAACACGUUUCAUCGUUCAGUACACGGAAUUAAGAUACUUUAAAUGCGUUGAAGCGCCUCGAAAAUGGUCUCUUAGUUUUUUUUCUCUUUAAAUAUUAAUCAUAAUCUAUUCCAAAAACGUGUGUAAAUCCGUGUACUGUCUAAGAAAUCUUAAUAGUUUGAAGUAAUUUUUUUGAAAAGUUAUUCGUUCAUUUAACACAUACAUGUUUAUUUGUUGAUAUUUAACUUUAUUUGGAGAUAAUAAAGAAAUUAAAAUGAGUGAGGAAAAACCUAUACCAAAUAGUGUCAAAUUCGCCAUCGGUGGUCUUUCUGGAAUGGGUGCAACUGUCUUUGUACAACCAUUAGAUCUAAUGAAAAACAGAAUGCAAUUAAGUGGACAAAAAACUACAACAUUGGCCGUUGCAACCAGCAUUCUUAAAAAUGAAGGUAUACUUGCUUUUUAUAAUGGUUUAUCUGCCGGUUUAUUGAGGCAAGCAACGUAUACGACUGUUAGGCUAGGAGUAUACACUUGGCUUUUCGAAGCAGCCUCAAAAGAGGGCCAACCAAAGUUUAUUGUAAAAGCAGCCUUAGGAAUGAUUGCUGGUUGUAUAGGUUCAUUCGUAGGUACACCUGCAGAAUUAACAUUAAUACGAAUGACUGCUGACGGUAGACUACCACCUGAUCAAAGACGUAAUUACAAAAAUGUGUUUGAUGCACUAUUUCGUAUAGUUAAAGAAGAAGGAUUAUUUACAUUAUGGAGAGGCGCAGUUCCAACCAUGGGCCGUGCAAUGGUUGUGAAUGCAGCUCAAUUAGCUUCAUACUCUCAAGCAAAACAAAUGUUACUUGAGACAGGUCAUUUUAAAGAAAAUAUUACAUUGCAUUUGAUAUGCUCCAUGAUUUCGGGUAUCGUUACAACCAUUGCAUCUAUGCCUGUAGAUAUUGCCAAAACGAGAAUUCAAAAUAUGAAAAUAAUUGAUGGAAAACCAGAAUAUACAGGAGCAUUGGAUGUUUUUAAUAAAAUUAUUACAAAAGAAGGACCAUUAGCACUUUGGAAAGGUUUCCUUCCAUAUUAUGCACGUUUGGGUCCUCAUACAGUCUUAACGUUUAUAUUCUUGGAACAACUGAACAAAACUUACAGAAGAUAUUUUUCAUGAUUAGAAUUGUUUAUGUAAUGUAUUAUUAUAUGCAAAGAUCAUAGAGAGACACCAAAAAUGAUUUCUCAUAUAUUUUUUUUAUUACAUAAAAGAUAACUUACAUACCUUGCACAAAGUGUAUGUAUACUAUAAACAUAUAGAUAAAAUUGUAUGUUUCUAUCUUCUUUUUGUAGGAUUUGUAAAUUAACGUUUCAAAGAAUUCCAUUAAUACUGAAAUUCAUAUUUGAAUAACAACUAAGCAUAUAACAAUUUUUUUUAUAUGCGCACAAUAUUGUUCUAUUUUUUAUAGAUAUAUACAUAUUUAUUACGAAUCUGUUUUAUUAAGUAUUCAUUAUUUUGAUUAAUCAUCAUAGUGAAUAUAUUCUAAACAAAAUUUAAUUCAUAUUAAAACACAUUUUGUAAUUUCCUGACUGUAUAAAAUUUGUAAGGCUAAAUGUGAACACAAAAAUUUAUAUCAACAAUAUUUUAAACUGUAAUAUAAAAUAAUAUCAAUGUAUGUACAAUCAGAGUAACAAUCAGAAAUCAAAAUAAGUUACUGGAUCUUUCAUUGUAAUCAAACAAUGAAACUAUACAUUCUUUAAAUAUUCUUUACAGGUAAAUGAGUCUGUCUGGUACAACUCUUUAUAUUACGUAAUAUAUUUGUUAUUUUUUGACGUUUAUAGUAAAUUCUUUGUUUUUAUUUCUGAGAAAUACUUAUUUUAUAUUUUAUUAUUGUUUUUUUUAAUGAAUGAUCUAGGAGAAAUUAAAGGUGUAUAGUAAGAAGAUAUAAAAAUGUAUAAUACAGCAAGUACAAACAAUAUAUUACCAGUUUUGUACACUAUUACAGAAGUAAAUGCUUUAAUAAUAAGCAGAUGUAUAUAAUUUUACUUUUCCACUAAGUAUCCUUAAUAUUUUGUAAUAAAAAAAAUAAAAAACAAACAAAAAAUAGACGUAUUAAGUGCAACAACAUGGUAUUGUAUUUCUCUAAUGAAUCAAUUAAGAAUAAUAGCAUACAGAACGAUAUAUAUAUAUAUAUAUGUCCAUAUAUAUGUUGUACGUGGAUGUGUAUGUGGUUAUCCUGUUUUACCUAACUUUACCCGAUACUAUGGCUGACAUACUGUUUUCUAACAAUAAUAAAUAAAAGUCGAAUAGGA